AUCGACGCCAUCUAUGAAUAACUCCGGCGCCACCUUGAGCGACGGCUCAGCCCAUUCCACCACCGGCGGCAACAGCGAUUACGCCCUCCUGGUGUCGGAAAAUGCGAUCGUCAUAUUCGGGAGGAGCGGCUGCUGCAUGCGCUACGUCGUGCAGAGUUUGCUCUUAGGGCUCGGCGUUAACCCCACUAUUUUCGAUGUUGAAGAAGAGAAAGAGGUCGCCGUCACCCACCAGCUUUCCCAGAUUAUCAGCUCCACUGAAGAUCAGGGCGCUCAGCUGCCGCCGUUCCCGGCAAUUUUCAUCGGCGGGAAGCUCUUUGGUGGCUUGGAUAAGGUUAUGGAGUCUCAUAUCUCCGGCGAUUUGGUGCCUCUCCUUAGAAAAGCGGGUGCCCUUUGGGUUUGACUCACACUUUAUGUUUUUAUUUUUCCUGCCUCCCUUUACAUGUGUCCAUUCAAAUUGAAUGAUGUUAAACUUUUAUCAAUAUAUUCUUUUCCUCCCUUAAAACUUUGACAUGUUUAACAUGCAUCAAGAUUCACUACAAGAAAA